GAGGGACGGGGCGCGGGCAGCGACACCAUGGCCCAGUUCGUGUGGGGCUACGACACCGACAACGGACCCGAGCGCUGGCAUGAAAACUACCCCAUGGCCAAGGGAGACAAGCAGUCGCCCAUUGAGAUCAACAGCAAAGAUGUGCGGCACGACAGUUCUCUCGCCGCUUGGCACGCCAGUUACGAUCCCGGGGCAGCGAAAACCAUCCUGAACAAUGGGCGCACCUGCCGAGUCGUCUUCGAUGACACUUUUGAUCGAUCAGUGCUGAGAGGUGGGCCGCUCACGGGAGCCUACAGGCUGCGUCAGCUUCACUUGCAUUGGGGUUCCUCGGAUGACCAUGGCUCUGAGCAUGUUAUAGAUGGGGUGAAAUAUGCAGCAGAGUUACAUAUGGUGCACUGGAAUCCAAAACAUGGUAAUUUUGCUGGAGCUUUGAAACAACCUGAUGGUGUGGCUGUUGUGGGCAUUUUUCUGAAAGUUGGAAAAACUCCCAAACCAGAGAUGAAGAGAAUUCUUGAAGAAAUUGAUAACAUUAAGACCAAGGGGAAAGAGGCUCCUUUUCAGCACUUUGAUCCUUCAAUUCUUUUCCCCAAAUCUCGGGACUACUGGACCUACCAUGGUUCAUUCACUACCCCCCCCUGUGAGGAGUGCAUCACUUGGAUUCUCUUGAGGGAGCCGAUUGAAGUCAGCUCAGACCAGAUGGCAAAGCUCCGUAGCCUUUCCAAGAAUGGUGAGAACGAACCUGUGAACCCACUGGUUGAUAACUGGCGCCCACCUCAGCCUGUGAAGGGCAGGAUAGUGAGAGCCUCAUUCAAGUGAAGUCUCAAGUCUCACUCUGCUGAACCUGAGUGAGAAAAUCCCUGCAUCCCAAAGUGUAGUUAGUUUUUGCUGUCUACUGCUUUUCCUAUGGAUCCAGAUCUGUGUUUCUCAGCUUGAAAUUCUGAGUGGUAAAACUGAAUCUGAUUUUGAAAGCAGAAAAAAUACUGUAUGCAAAUACUAACCUUAAUAAGGAGAUGUGAGAUAUACGUGAUUCUUGACCACAAAUGCCUCAGCAUUUGUGAUAGUGUCACUUCUCUGCCAUGUGAUCUUGGAAGAAAAAUGGGCUCAGUUUCAGUAUUUAAAGUGAACUUCAAAGGAAAUGUAGUAAAGGCAGAAAAAUGAACCAGUAGUUCAGGAAAGCAGAAAUAACAGUGGGUCAACAGUACAUGAACAGGAGGUAAAAUGCCUGCUCCUACAGCAUCUCUAGUAGUGAUCAUCUUCAGAUAUCCCACCUCCAGUGCGAACAUCCAAAGAAUAAGUUCCUCUUUAACAUACCAGGUUUUUCCUUCCCUCUCUUGUUCAUAGUUUGUUAUCCAAGAUUAGAUUAGUAUUCUGGGGAUACAAUCAGGCAUACUCAGCUUCUGUAUGUGAAGAAGAAAAGAUACCUUGCUGUCAUUUCAGCAUUUGCCGUCUUUGCCAUGUCCUGCUGCUGCCCAUUGACCUUUUCUUCUUUCACUGCUGCUGUUACUUCACCCAUCCAGCUGUAGAGUGCUGCUGGUAUCAUGUUGCCUUGCAUUUAGUAUAGCAGCUUUCGUAUUGCUGAGGGGGGAAGUGCCUUUCUUCUGCUGCUCUAACUAUGUUACUUCCCAGGAUGAUGGAUUUUUAGUUUUGAUGCUCUGCCUGUUUUUUUAUUUUUGACAUCUUAGUCUGCACAUUAAUGAUUUCACCUGUUAGGGAUUUUGUUGCAUAUGGAGAGGGUCUUUGUGGAUGACUCAUAUGUGUCAUUUGUCUUCCCCACUACUGAAAAAUCCAGGUUAAGUCACCUAAGUGUUUGUUUAUUGUGACUCUGUGUAGUUAGAGACUCUAAGUGGAGUCUGUUUAGUUCUGUUACUUUCUGGGGAGACACAUCAGCUCGCACAUAUGAUCCAAGCAAGGAAUCACUGGCAGACAGAAGCUUCUAAAUAGUCUUUCCCUGUCCUUCAUCAUGUAAACUUUAUCAUUUCAGCAUGCUUCCUAAACAGCGUAAGACAAGUACCAUCUAGGCUGAACCCACACGCAGCCUGUGGGAGUAAAGAUCUGCUACGUUGUAUUCACCAUCAGGGUGAUUAUUCAGUAUUGUACAUACAGGAGACUGGGUGGUCAAAGGUGGUGCGUAAAGCCUCCUGCAAAUGAAGCUUUUGGAUUCUCUGUAUUCCUCUAACUCAUCGGUAGGUAGCAGAGGGCGUUCUCUGGAGAUGUUGCCACAAACACCUUCACAGCAACAUUUGCAAGGGAUAUGUCAAAGUCUGUAAAAAGCAGGGUUACAAAUGGCUAGAAUAGGCAUUUCCCAGUUCUCCUUCACUAUUUCACUUUUCACCUUUACUAGAAAAAUGGUGCUCCAACAGGGAAGUAAUGAAUGGGCAACAUUGGACAAAUUCUGCUGUUAUUACCAGCACAAUUCAGUGAGAAUUCAGGAAUGAAACUGAGGGCAGAGUUUGAUCCUUUGUGUUCAUUUAGAAAUGUUCAAAGAAUUGCUGAAUUCCCAUUGAGAAUUAAUAUUUCAGUUUACUAGAAGUGUAUUUUGCUUAGUAUAAACCAGUUUCAUUUUAAAAACCGAGUUCAUGUCAGCAGAAACUAAAGUAUUGAUUGAAUCCUGUUUACAAAUGUUUUGGCAUUGGCUUAAUCUUAUCAGAAGAUCAGCUUUUGAUAUUACGAGUGCAGCACUUGCAACGGUAUUGAUUUUAAGAGUCUCUUAGAUCUUUAAACUCCUGAAUCUGUACAUCUUCUCAACACAUAAAAAUUUUUCUACAGAAAGCUCAUAAGCAACAUUUUUUUCUACUGUACUAUGUCUUACAUGUAACAUUUCUUCUCAUAUCCAUAUGCAGUUGAUCUUGGUGUUGAGAAAAUUUCAACACAACUGAGACAAGAGUUUGAGUCUUUCUACUUAAAAGCCAUGGACUGUGAUGUUUUAAUCUCUUGUUAUUGGGGCAAUAAACCAAGAUUAGUUGCCUGCACUUGAAAUAACAGCUUUUGUGUCUUCAGAGAACCAAUAAAUUGACUUAC